CCUGAUGAGGGCUGUACACACUGUAGGGAGAAUUAGAGGAAAUAACAGAGCACAACAAACAAGAAGCGCUUAGAGAAUAACAGGAAAGCGUCGUUUUUCAUUGCUUCUGCUGCCGCUGCUGCGUUUCCGGACUACCUUCACCGGGGAGAGGAUGCUGCAUCCCCGGAAUCGCUGCCCUCCGCUCAUUAUCCGCGCAGUCUCCUCAGUUACGUUUCACUGUGAUUAACGAGUGUCGGGAGUAAAAGACGACGUGCGAACAAGACAAGGAGCUGAAAUUUGGAGUGAACAUUAAGAAGGUUUUCAUUGAGCAUCCGCGAGAGAAUUUUUUUGCGCGCUGCCCGCUUCAGUCGCAUCACUGCCGACUUGUGUUAGACGCAAAGGAGAGGGUAAAAAAAAAGACACACUUGAUAUUCUCCUCUCUGUUAAAUUAUUUAGGAGUAUCUGUUCCUCAAGCCCAACAUAUGCUCGUGUCUUUGUCUUACAUGAUUGUAAAGCAAGGCUCGAAGUGGCGGUGACACGGAUGAAAGCCGAUGGCCAGGCGCCCCGAAUUUCAUCAGAAGGGGGAUGCAACCUAGAAUAACCCCAGUGUCAAAUGGUAAGAGCGCAGCUUAUGUCGAGAAUCAGUGCACUUGCUCAGAAGUGGAGAAAAAAACUGUGAGUUUCUGCAGCUCCCGUAAGGUCUGUUGAUGUGAAUUAUCCCUGCAGCUUUCCACGCAACGCAAGGCAAAGAAGACCUGAAUCUCGACACGUUACGGGGCGAGUGUAUACUGCUGCGGCUGCGGACUGAGACAGCUACACACACCGCGGUUGAGAGCAUUGCUUUCUGUCACACUUCUCUGAAGUCAGGCUGAAGGGCGCAUGCAUAGUUGGCGCAUUGUAACUAUAACGCGCCUCAGGUUUCUCCUGAGACUGUCCCUCCUCCUGACCUCUUACGCACUGGAAGCCCAGACACUGGUGACUUUUUAAUGGCUUUUGUGUUCAGAAGAUGGAGGGUCUUACUGGUGCUGAACGUGCUCGCGGUUGCCGGGUUCAUUACUUUCUGGGCCAAGUGCAACAACGCACGCAGCAUCCAGACCACCGGUCCAGAGGCCGCGGUUGAUGGGAAGAGAGCCCGGGGCAACGGGACGGCACAGGGGCCCAGCGUCAGCCAUGAGGUGCUGCUGAAAAGGCUCAGCUCUCUGGAGGACGUGGUGUACAGGCAGCUAAACGGUCUGUCCAAAUCUCUGGGCCUGAUUGAGGGCUUUGGGGGUCGGGGUAAAGGCGGACUCCCCGCCACGCUGUCACCGGCUGAGGAGAGUGACGCUAAAUACCUUAGGGAGAAGUACGGCUAUAAUGCCUACCUCAGUGACAGAAUUUCUCUGGACCGCACAAUACCAGACCAUCGGCCUAGCAAAUGUAGAAAGGUCAGCUACCCAAGAGACCUUCCCCAAAUCUCCCUCAUCUUCAUCUUCGUCAACGAGGCUCUGUCGGUGAUCCUGCGCUCAGUCCACUCAGCUGUCAAUCACACACCGGCGCACUUGCUCAAGGAGGUCAUCCUGGUGGACGACAACAGCGAUGACGAGCAACUGAAAGGUCCACUGGAGGAGUAUGUGAACAAACGCUAUCCCGGCCUGGUGAAGAUUGUAAGGAACCAAAAGAGAGAGGGAUUGAUCAGGGCCAGGAUCGAGGGUUGGAAGGUAGCCACUGCUGAGGUGACAGGAUUUUUUGAUGCCCAUGUGGAGUUCACCCCAUCAUGGGCAGAACCAGUUCUAGCUAGAAUAAAAGAAAACCACAAGAGGAUUAUCUUGCCGUCAAUCGACAACAUCAAGCACGAUACCUUCGAGGUGGAGCGCUAUGAGAACUCUGGCCAUGGCUACAACUGGGAACUGUGGUGCAUGUACAUUAAUCCACCCAAAGAGUGGUGGGAGGAGGGAGACAUGUCUGCACCAAUAAGGACGCCUGCCAUGAUUGGAUGCUCCUUUGUGGCCAAUCGUGACUACUUCGGAGAACUCGGUCUACUCGACUCAGGCAUGGACGUCUACGGAGGGGAGAACAUCGAACUAGGCAUCAGGGUGUGGCUGUGUGGAGGCAGUAUGGAGGUGCUGCCUUGCUCCAGAGUGGCUCAUAUUGCACGAAUGAAGAAACCUUACCACAGUAACAUAGCUUUCCACACACGGCGUAAUGCCCUGCGUGUUGCAGAGGUCUGGAUGGAUGAGUACAAGUCCAAUGUCUACCUGGCCUGGAACAUCCCCAUGGAGAACCACGGUAUUGAUUACGGAGACAUAUCACAGAGGGUUGCACUGAGGAAGAGUCUGCAAUGUAAGAGCUUUCACUGGUAUCUAGACAACGUUUACCCAGAGAUGAGGAGGUACAACGAUACGCUGUUCUACGGUGAGGUCCGCAAUUCUAAAGCAAGCCACCUGUGUAUGGAUCAGGGUGUGAAGGAGAACCACACAGCCACCCUGCACCCAUGCCAUGGGUGGGGUCCUCAGUUAGGACGCUACACUAAAGAAGGUCAGCUGUUUCUGGGACCCCUAGGCAGCACUGGUGAGGACACUCGUUGUGUGGUGGACGAUCAGAUCAGCAACUUUCCUCAGCUCCUCAACUGUGAAAAGGUGACCAACGUGAAACAGAAGACAUGGCAUUUCUCUCAGAACGAAUCGAUCAUAAAUCGGGCUACUGGACGCUGUCUGGAGGUGGUGCCGGCUAAUGUUUACUUCGGCCACCUGCUGGUCCUGCAGCCCUGCUCGGGGCAGAGGUGGACCAUCAAGAACACUAUGAAGCAGUGAUCGCCUGGCCAGUUUCAUUGGGACCAAUUACAAAGGCUAUUUCCAAGAGCUGUCACCUGACGUUACCUUGGCCAGUGGACAAUCAAUGAUGCGGGGGCUCCUUAGCUUUUGAAAUAAGACUCAAAAAUAGAUGGCUUUAAGGAGACGAGUGAUGAGGUGGUUUGGAAACAGUUGAUGUGUUUUUGUUUUUGUUAGUUUUUUUAAAAAACAUGGACAUUCAACGUGGUGAAAGUUUAGCAUGAGGACCAUUUCUCUAUAUGAAUUUUACAAACUUUCAAUGUGAUGUUGCCAUAAUUCCUCUGUGCCACUUCUUUACAGUGUUUAAGUUUUAGUAGACAUUUAAUUGACCAAAAGUGUGUUCUUUCUUAUGUGAGGGGGAAAAAAGUUUCCAUCUUCCAUCAGUCUUUCUGCAAUAUUUCAUUCUUACUGACAUAAUUUUGUCUUUUGAGAUAUUAAAAAAACAAUAAAAUACCUGGAAUUAAAUUUCAGUUAUAUGCACUGAUCAAACUACAUUUGUAGUUUUCAACGUCAUGAAGGUUUUAGUCUAUGGCCGCGGUCCCCAACCUUUUUUGCGCCACGGACCGGUUUAUGUCCGACAAUAUUUUUACGGACCGGCCUUUAAGGUGUCGCGGAUAAAUACAACAAAAUAAAACGAGUACCGGUACCAAAAAUAAAUAACUAUAAUGUAUUCAUAACUCACGGGAAAAGACACAGGGAAACUGAGGUAACGAUAAAAACAAUAAAUAUUAACUAUAAAAAGAAAAAAAAACCCAUGUAAACCAUAAAUUUCACACCUGAACCUCAACGCUCGCGGCCCGGUACCAAACGACUCACGGACCGGUACCGGUGCAUGGCCUGGGGGUUGGGGACCGCUGGUCUAUGGUACUUAGAAAUUAAGGAAUGGCUACUCGUGACAGGAAAAAAUUUUAUACAGUUUAGCAAAAAUGCCUGAAAAGUGAUUCUUAUGUUUUUCAGAAAAUUCAAAUCCUUGUAAAUAUUUAUAAUUUGAAGAAAAAUAUGCUAAAAAUAUUACUUGGUGUACUUUUUUUUCCCCAAAUCACCCCAACAAGGACUCUGGGCUAAAUCUCACUUCUAUGUUUUAUGGAUUCUGACUUUUAUUGCCAUUUUUCCACCAAGCAUUCUGUAGCAUCAGAUGCAAUAUAUCUCGUAGCAUGAAGUACUGUAAGCAGUUGGGUACAAAGUUUAUUUGUGCUAAGUUGAUUUAUUUGGUUAACUGCUGUGUGCCAUAACUACUGAAAACCUAGUCAAACAUAGGAAGCACUUUUUUGGACAAAGGGUUGGAACGUGAACGAGAGAGGAGGAUUGAAUCAGGAAUGCACAAAAGUACCAAUAGUGGAAAUGCGGGAGGCCUUAAAGGCUGAAAUUAUUAACGUACUAAGAUGUAUAUGAUGUCAUAUAUUAAAUUGCAUAAGUGUGAUCAGCUGGAUUUUUGCUCCCAAGAUUGUCUUCCAAUAAACAACUGGU